CGGCGAGUUCGGGCAGCGGCUAGCGGGCGCGGGGAAGGAAACGAAAGAGCAGUUGGGGGUUGGCGCGUGGCUGGUUGUUUUAUAACACCUAGCCUUUGUGUUGUAUAUUUGCAACAUCAAAGUCAAAUUUUUACAACACUUGAAGCUGGUGUUGUAAAAAAAAUUACAUAUACAACACUGUUGAAGCACUAUUUUUGGGCUUAAGUGUUGUAUAAGUUAGUUAUUUUUACAUAUACAGACUUAUUGGAGAUGCUCUAACAAUCAACAAGGCAGCGACGAGCACCGUGAGAGAUAAGAAAGACAGCAGCAAGCAUCUUCAUGGCCGGGUCACGGAAACUCUCACGCUGGAGUAGGAGACGGCGAGUGCAGCGUGCCAGGAUGCGUCGCGAGUUCACGGUCAGAACCCCAUCGAUGUUGACAGAAUAUCCGCAAUUCCGGGCAAAAUCGAUAUUUCUGACCUUUCUGAUGAAAAAAUUCAUAAACUGAACCAUGUUUGAAAUUUUUCGCUGAACUGAUCCUUUUGUGUGGCGUCCAAUACACACGCGUCACACUACCAAUACACACGCGUCACACUACACUAUAUGACGCCUUAGACGUAGGCGUCAUACUCCCGUCCACGCUGGCGUCCGAUCCCACCGCACUGCACCCCCAGCAGGUGUGACGCCUAAGCCUCACGCGUUGCACUCACGGUAGUGUGGCGCCGAGUGCUUAGGCGUCACACCCUGGUGAGAGGCCGGCGGCCAUGGCGAGAAAACGCGAAAGGAGGCUGGGGAUUUGACGGAUCCGAGCACGAGGAAUCCAUUCCCGGUGACGAUGGGCCUUGGGAUGAUGCGGACGGGCGAGCUCCAUGGGCGGCGGCGACGAGAUUCUGUUCUGUUCCUGACACAGAGAAACGAAGCAAGACGAGAGAGUUCAGAGGAGGAAGGAGGUGCUCAUAUGGAGGAUCCUGACACGGGCGGGGCGGCGCCAUGGAGAUGGAGGGGGCCAAUGAGCCAACCCGACCGGAGCACUUUGGGCCCGUUGGGGGAGCUAACACCGACAGGAACUGCGGCUAUCCCCCAUGCCUUGCCGGUGCACCAAGCUUCAGAGGCACACCGCGAAGUGAACCGGGAGCUGGGGCGCGCGACGUCGGCACGCAACGCAGCGGGAGCCGAAGGCCGGGCGCGGCAGCGGGAGAGGAGCUGGAGGCGCGGGCCCGGCACGGUGCGGGCAAGGCGCUGGGUAGAGCGGGGGCAGGUGCAGCUCCUGCUGGUUGAGGACGACGACAGCGAGUUGUUGAUAGUGCACACCGCCGUAGCAGACUCACGUGGAAGUUGCACGAAGCCUCCAACACUUUGCGGACGAAGCUACCCUUCCAUUGUCGUUCCUAUGCAGGAAGAAGAGAUAGAGAUGAAGCUAAGAGACAGAGAAAGGAGAAGAGAAAACGAAGGCAGAGGGGCGAUGAUGGCCUGGUCGACGGGGAGACGAGGAGCAGCGAAUAAGUGAGGG